UGUUUUGUAUGGCAACGGUUACUAAAUUUACACAAGCUAAAACGGUUACAAUAAAAAGCUUGUAAAAAGUAUUGUGUUUGUGAAAAAAGUUUUAUAAUAUUUCGUAUAUAAAGUUAUAUAUUUUAUAAUAUCGAGUGAUCUAUAUGAAAUUAGUUUUUUAAAGUGAUCUAUAUUAAAUAAAACAAAGUAUGGGGCAAGCAUGCACUUCACAAGAAGCUCAGGAAAUGUUAAUCGCAGAUUUAAACCUUCCAUCUAGAUCUGUAAUCAAAAAUGACACGAUACAGACUAUUAACAAAUGUCUGGCUGUGGUGAGCAAUAAAUGGAUUUCCACAAUCAAUGUAACUGGCAGGGUGCAUGAAGAUAUUGAACUUGAAAAAUUAAAAAAAGAUCCUUCCACAUUAUCAGAGUUAUUUAAAACAACACAUCGGUUUAAUCAAAGUUCUAUUCUUCAAAAAGUGAAUGUUUAUAUUAUUAAAAAGAAUAUCAGUUUUACAGUUUCAUCAAUAUCAUCUGCUGAAACAGAUUCUAUAUUUGAUCUUUUACUCACUUUGUUGACAAAACAAAAACAAAAAUUGAGUGAAUAUCUGUCAAAGUAUGAACAUUGUAAACUAAUUAAGCAAAGUUCUGAUUUUCAGUAUGACUGGGUUACAUUAAGUGAUCUUUUGUUUCAAGUCUAUGGUAUCAGAUCGAUCAAUUUGAAUUCGAACAAUCAAACAGAAAGCAAUACUAUUUAUCCUAAUGAGUGCUCACAUUUAACUAAAGUUAUUUCAAUAAUUGAAUCAACAAAAACAGUUUAUAUUAUUGAAGAGAUACCUAAUUUUUCUUUAGCAGAUGGUUUAGCUUAUAGUCCUGCAAUAGCUGGGAAAAGCUAUUUAAAAUUCAUGUUUCUCUUUCAACAAUUGCUAGAGAUUUUUGUCUUUGUUAAAAAAUUUGGGUUUUCCUUUCAUACGUCAUUAAGUUUAAAAGAUAUUUCUCUCUCACAUAAUGCAUUAUGGAUAAGUAUGUCCCCUAUUCAAUGUUUAUCAUUUGAUACUAAAAUAGUUGAGCCUGUUUUAAAAAAACCUUUAAUUAGAAUUUAUGAUGGGAUAAAUACAGAACUACAUGACGAAAAAAUAAUUUUAAAUGAAAGUUUAAGCACUUAUACUAAAGCAUGGGUUGAAGGAGAUCUUAAUAAUUUUGAUUAUUUAAUGAUUCUUAAUAAAGUUUCAGGAAGAAAGUUUAAUGAUGUUUUGAAUCAUCCUGUGUUUCCAUGGGUUACAGAUUUUUUGCAACAAUAUUCAGGUUUCCGAGAUCUAACGAAAACGAUGUUUCGACUAAACAAAGGUGAUAGAAUGUUAGAUGAAACAUAUACUUCGGCAUAUCAUGAUUAUGCUCCUCACCACAUAUCUGAUUUUCUUUCGGAUAUUACUUAUUAUCUUUACCAUGCUCGAGAUACUGCUAAAGAAGUACUUUGUAAACAUGUGCGAUCACGAUGGGUACCAAAUGAAUAUCCUGUGUCAAUGGAACGAAUGUAUCAAUGUACGCCAGAUGAAUGUAUUCCAGAGUUUUUCUACAAUCCUAGUAUCCUUGUGUCUAUUCAUAAUGAUUUAAAGGACAUAGUUUUACCAUAUUGGACAGCAAAUAGUAACGAAUUUGUUAAAUAUCAUUAUGAAAUGUUGGAGAGUCCAAAUGUUUCUAAGAAUUUGCAUCAUUGGAUAGAUCUUAUUUUUGGAUACAAACUAGGCGAUACAGCUGCUAAGCAAGACAAAAAUGUGCAUCUUUCUUUGGUUGACGAUCACACAGAUUUGCGCAAUUAUGGUGUUGUUCAGCUCUUUUUUUCUCCGCACCCCCACAAGAAAAUCAGCAGAGAUAAUAUGUUAAGUCAAAGUGGUAGCAGAGAAGAUGUUUCAAUGUCAUGGGAAUAUGUUGAUAUAAGCAAAGAGGCUAUUCAACAGAAUGCUGAAAAUGAGAGCAAUGAUUUCUUAGUUGAGUUUUCUCAAGAAGAUCUUUAUAAAAAGUUUAACGUCCAUAAAUUUAAAAAAGUUAACUUUUUAACAACACUUGAUCAUGUAGAGAAGAUUUUAACUCAUGAGUCUAAUAUUUCUGCUAUCACAGAAAAAGGUAUUGGAACGUAUUAUUUUGGAUCUGUUUUUGAUGAUAUAAAGCCAGAUGAAAACUUUAGCAAUCUGGAUAUUGACCAAUCAAAUCUUGAAGAAGAUGAAAAGCUUUUCCUUUGUCUGGUUAUUGAGACACUCUUAUACAAAGAACUAAAAACAAGAACUGUUAUCCCAACUCUUGACAAUCGAUUAAAAGAAGACCUUUGUUUUUUGAAGGCAUCAAAUCGCAUUGCAAACUGGAUGAAGUUAGCUAUAAAAGAUUGCAUUUAUCCAAAUAUGCCAAUGACGAGCUGCUCUGUUAUGAGUUCUUUAUUAGGCAUUUUUUCCUUUCCUAGUUAUUUCAAAGGUUUACACAAAUUUUUAUUUGAAUUUUACAAUUUUAUUGAUGACUGUGUCACAAGAGAUGAUAAAGCUAAUUUAUGUUUAAAAUUAGAAUGUUACAAUACACAAUUAGUUGAAUUGCUCAAUGUUCUUGAUCCAGAAGGUUUAGAUAUUCUAGUUGGUUAUAUUUUUCCAUUAUUUCAUCAAAAGCAACUUCAAAUACCUAUGUUCCUAUACAUAUUUCCUUCUUUAUCAAAAGCUUUAGGUCCUACAAAAUCAAAGAACCUUUUCAUAAGAGAUCUUCAGAGGAUAUAUGAAAAUAUGAAGAUGUCUGAAGAUGUAUCACUUGUUCAGCAAAGUUUUUUAUCAAAAAUACUAGAUUCUUUUGGACAACAAUGCUUCUUAGAGCUUUUAAUGAACACACUUCUUGAUCUUUUAGUGAUUAAGGAUGCAAAAAUAGAAUCAUUCACACAAUCAUCUUUUAAAAGUGAAUUAUUUGAGAAUUAUGAAGUUUCUCCAUGUUAUUUUGGUGAAACAGACUCAAUAUUUAGUUUAAACCUAGGAAUGUUUUUUAAUGAAGAUAUAGUAAAAAAUGUUGAUGAUUCUGACGGGUUUUUUUCAGAAAACAAAUUUUUUUCCAAUUUCAAAGAAGAAGUAAAACAAAGUAAAUCUGAAUGUUUUGAUUUGAAUAAUGAAUAUAAUCAAGUUGUUAGUUUACAAGAAAAACAUUUAACAAGAGGUCAUAGUAGCAUAAUAGACGUAGAAACAAACCUGGUUCAAAAUACUGACUUGGCUACAUCAGUAUUUACAAAUGAAGUUCAAACAGAUACAGUGCCAAAUAAUAAUACCACUCUCUAUGAAAAUGCCAUCUCUGAAUCACAAAAAAGUUUUUCUUUGUCUUUUAGUGACACAAUACAAGAAAAUGAAUCAUCAUCUUUUCAGUUGUGUCAAUUAGAAAAAGAUGAAUCAAUUGAUAAUUUGAAUUAUCAUUACGACAAGUGCAGCAUCAAGUCAAUUAACAAACUUACCUUUACAGAAACUGUUGUUGAAAGCUUUUUUUGGCUUAUUCCUUGGUUAGGCCCUGUUCUAUCGAUAGAGUAUAUAGCUAGUCCUCUAUUGAAAAAGUUGUUUAGAAUGCAGUUGGAGUUAGAUGACACUACAGAUCCUAUAGAUAAAUUUAUUCAAAAAAUAUCUCCUAUUCUUGAUUGUUUAGUUGAGGUUGUUGUAGUUUAUGGUGAAAAUCUAAUCACAAGUUUAUAUAUUUUUAGUUUAACUAAAUUGAUCCAAACUGCAUUAAAUAGUGCCACAAUAUCAUUGUCUAUAGGCAGUAAUCUUGUCUGCAGUAUCCAAUUGAUGGUAGAAUCAUGCAAGGUUUUAAGUCCAGAAAGUGUUGUUUCACAUUUUGAGACUUUAGCUGAUCAUGUUUUUCAACCGCUAAUUCGUUUACUGUCUUCACUAAAUAUUUUUGUAUCAGGAAGUAUGACCAAGGUGUACUUAUCUCGAAAACUUAUUGAUAUAUUAGGUAUUCUUUGUCAGAAAAUUAAUAGAGAAUUAGCACAAGCUUUAAUGGUUCCUCUUCUGCAGCAAUUUUUUUCUUGCUUUGAUGGUAUAUAUUAUUUGGAAACUGAUUCUAAUCAGAAAAAAGUAAUCAAAAGAAAAAAUCAAAACAAAACUAAAUCAUUAUCAUUUAAUGAAAAUGAUCAGUUUAAUAAUGAUAAAAACAAGAUUGAAAGUUUCAACAAGUCAAAGUUAAGUUUUGUUUCUGCAUCAGAUAAUUUACAGGAUAAAACUAUUUUUGAUGAGCGCUAUGAAGCUGUUUAUGAGACAUUUUCUCCUGCACUAGCUUAUUACGCAUAUGUUUUGAUUUCACGAAUAUUUUCAUCUGUUUAUGUGGAAAAGAUAUUGUUUAACAGUGAGCUAGUCUGGUUUCUAUGCUCAAAACACGAUGAAGAUUUUCAUUUAGCUCAGAGUUUCAAUAAAUCUAUUAUAAAUAGAGCAUUAACAAGUAAAUGGUUUCAACCAAUCAGUGUUGUUAAUCCUGAAGAUGAAAACUAUCAGAAAAACAGAUCUGUAUGGCAGCAUAUUUAUGGCAAUUGGUUCAAUCAUUGGCAACGAAAUAUAGAUGAUAGUAAACCUCAAGAAUUCAUUUUUAAUGAUUGCAAACUUCAAACAUACACUGGUCAUUCAUCACCUAUCCGUGACAUGUAUGUGGCAGAGAAUGAACAUUACUUUCUUUCUGCGAGUCGUGACAAGACUGUUAAAUUAUGGUUACUGAAAAACCAUGGAAAUGGCACUGCUCAAUUAGGAUGUACUCAUACUUACGAUAAACAUAAAAAAGCAGUGUUUUCAGUGCAAGGGAUUGAGUCAAAAAGGCUUGUUUCAUCGUGUGAUGGAAUUGUUCAUGUUUGGGAUCCAAUAGUUGCAACUACUUUAUCUGUGUAUGAUAGUUCUGCUGGCGAAACAGUUACAUGUAUGCAUACAUUGCCAUCACCAAGUACUUGUAUUGGAGUAGCUUCUACUGAUGGUUUGUUAAGAUUGUAUGAUGUUCGUCAAAAAAAGGUUGCUCAAUGUUGGAAGCUUUCAACACAACCUAAUGCUGGUACAGUUCGUUGUAUGUGCGUGAGCAGUCGUUGGAUUGCAGCAGGUUUUAGCAAUGGAUUAGUAUCAGUUGUUGACAUUAGAUGUGGAAUUCUUCGAAAACCACCACGUGUUUUUGACACAGAAGUUACACAGUUGCAAACCGUCCCUGAUCGUGGUUUUAUAUCAUUGUCUGCAGAUUCUUGUAUUAGGUUGUGGACUGAAGAUGGAAAUGUCUCACAGCUGCUAAAACCCCAAAAUGAUUUCAUUCACAGCGUUAUUUACUGCAACCGGCAGCUACUUUGGGGAACUACCAACAAUAAAAUCAAUAUUCACAAUCCCGAUAAAAUGUCGAUUUAUUCCACACAUCGAGUUACUUUCAAAGGAUCUCUUAUAAAAAUGUCUGUUUUGCCAAUGAAUAAACUAUUUUUACUCGCUACAGACAAUAAUAACAUAACGUUAUACUCGUAAAAUCUUUGUGAAAUUUAUAUAGCAUCUUUACUUCAUAAUGGGUGUCAUUAACUUUACUGAAGUCUUUAUUUUUAAAAUGAUUGUUAUUUUUUUUAUAUAUAUUGAUUUUUAUUAAAAAUUUGUA